AAAUAGAGUUGCCGCGGCGACCGCAGAAAGGUCAAUUUAAAAAUGGCUGCCGGCAGCUUGUUGAAGGCUGUCACUUUCACGGCAUUUGGAUUCCGGUCUGUUGUUAAUGGCUGUAAACAAGAGCUUUUCCAGAAAAUCAACAAAUUCCCAAUAUGGCCUUUAAUCGGGCCAGCUCACAGCAGGGGUAUCAGACAUGUUGUGGAGAAAACAGAAGGGAAGACGACGUUGAUUGGUGGAAAAAUAGUCGAAGACAAACCUACACAUGAUCCCCCAAACCCUUCAGGACAAUGUCCAAUCUGUAGGUGGAACUUGAAGCACAAGUAUAAUUACACGGAUGUAUUGGUCUUGAGUCAAUUCAUUAGGCCAGAUGGAGGGAUGUUGCCACGACGAGUCACAGGUCUAUGCAGUGAAGAGCAUAAAAAGAUUGAAGUCUGCGUGAAAAUGGCUCAAAGGGCUGGCCUUCUGCCAGACCACAAACCUGCUCUUCCAGAAGGUCAUGUUCCGAAGAGAAAAAAGCCUCAACUAAACAGAUACCUAACUCGAUGGUCUGUGAACUCUGUCAAGCCUAUUUGGAAAAAAGGCUUGAAGUGGUGCAAGGUUCGAAUGCCUGUUGGACAUUACAGACUACAAGACAAUGUUAAAUAUGGAAAUAAGUCUAUGUAUCUAAAGCACUGAUGAAAAACUGGUAAACCCAAUGAACUGGUCAAAGAUCUAAGGAAGGCUGCUUUUCACAGCACUAUAGUAAUAGUAUGUAAUAUAUUUGUAUUGCAUAUAAAAAGCUUUGUUUUUGGGAAAACAAAUGUGUACCAACAUUAUUCUAAGUAUUUGUUUAAAAUGUAUGCUCAUUUCAAAAUAAGUUCAACUAGUUAAAAUUAAACAUUUUUCAAAUUAA